AUGAGCCACCAAGAUGAGCACCAGCGGCAGCGCGAAGUCGACCACGCCAACGAUAUCGACGAGAUCGAAGCUCCAGUAGAGCGUAUCACUGUAAAGACCAAAGGCACCAACACCACACCCGAGCCCUCCACGCCCAGCUCGAGCAUCAAUGGCAGAUUUCACGGCACUCCCGAGGUCCUCGAUGACGGACAAGUUGUACACAACUAUGAAGAAAGAGAAGGCGCCAAGAAGAAGAGAUUCGCAUACCUGAGAACAAGAGACUUUUGGAUAGUGCUCCUGCUCACCCAGAUCAUUGCACUGGCUCAGACUGGAACGAACACCCUUACAUCCUUGAUCAAUGCUCGAGGCACGAGCAUUCCGGCUUUCCAGACCUUCUUCAACUAUGUUCUGCUGAACGUCGUAUACACCUCCUUCACCAUCUACAAGUACGGCUUUGCCAAAUGGUGUAGAAUGGUUGUAAAAGAUGGCUGGCGAUUCUUCAUACUGGCCUUCUUGGAUGUCGAGGGUAAUUAUUUCAUCGUGCUGGCCUACAAGUACACGAACCUUUUGUCUGCUCAGCUUUUCAGCUUCUGGACCGUCAUUGUGGUAGUGGUCAUCUCGCUGGUCCUUCUCAAGGUCCGCUACCAUCUCGCACAGUAUGGAGGCAUCGUACUUGCAUGCGGAGGCUUUGCACUUCUCAUCGCGAGCGAUUACAUAACCAAGAGUAACAACUAUGCUCCGACGAACGCUCUCAAGGGAGAUCUCUUCUGCCUACUCGCUCAGACCCUCUAUGGUUUCAGCAACACAUUUGAAGAAUUCUUGGUCUCAAAGCGACCCAUGUACGAAGUCAUUGGCCAACUCGCAUUCUGGGGCAUGUUCAUCAACGGCGUGCAGGCUGCCAUCUUCGAUCGCCACUCCAUCCAGGAAGCACAGUGGGAUGGACAAAUCAUCGGAUACAUCGUUGGUUACACUCUAUUGCUAUUCAUCUUCUACUCUCUGGCACCAAUCGUCUUCCGCAUGAGCAGCGCUGCUUUCUUCAACAUCGGUCUGUUGACGGGCACUUUCUGGGGAAUUGUCGUCGGAACUCAGGUCCUGGGCUACCACAUCCACUACCUCUACCCUAUUGCUUUUGUUCUCAUCAUUCUGGGUCACUUUGUCUAUUAUGGAACAGAAGGAGUGCUAGGAGAGGCCAAGAAGCCAUGGUUGGGAGAAAACCAAGAGCUUGGAGAAAGUGGUCUGGGAACUGCUAGACGUAGGGCUGAGCACCCUAACGCCAUUGUUUGA